GCGGGUAGCGCGCACCGGACGGUCUCUAACGGAGCCGCAGAGCGGGCGGCGCCGACCCGGCCCCCGCCCCCGCCGGAGCAGCCCCUGGGGCCGGGCCGGACCGGGCCGGACGGGCAGCGGGGCCGCCGGGAGGAGCGCUCCCAACUCCGCCGCAGGGGACGCGAGUAGCAGGCUGUAUCAGAUUCUCAGGACAGGAGCUACGAAGUGCUUCUGGAGAAUGGCAGGGAAAAAGGUCUUGAUAGUCUAUGCACACCAAGAGCCCAAGUCCUUGAAUGGAUCUUUGAAGAGCAUUGCUGUGGAAGAAUUGAGCAAGCAGGGCUGCAGUGUCACAGUGUCUGAUUUGUAUGCAAUGCAGUUUGAGCCGAGAGCCACAAGAAAUGAUAUUGUUGGUUGCUUGCACAACUCAGAAGAGUUCAAUUAUGGUGUGGAGGCAUGGGAAGCUUACAAGAGAGGAGGUUUGUCCAAUGAUCUGAUUGAAGAGCAAAAGAAGGUGCAAGAAGCAGACUUACUGAUUUUUCAGUUUCCCUUGUAUUGGUUCAGCAUGCCAGCAAUCAUGAAGGGUUGGAUGGACAGAGUCUUGGUCCAAGGAUUUGCUCAUGAAUUUCCAAACUGCUACGAUUCUGGUUUGCUCAAGAACAAAUUAGCCCUGUUUUCUUUCACCACUGGAGGAAGCAAAGAGAUGUAUGCAAAAGGCGGUAUCAGUGGUGAUAUUCGCUAUCUCCUGUGGCCCAUGCAGCAUGGAAUCAUGCACUUUUGUGGUGUCAAAGUCCUUGCCCCUCACAUCUGCUUCGCCCCGGAGUAUGCCUCUGAGGAGGAGAGGAAGGAGAUGCUGAUUGCCUGGGUCCAGCGCCUGAAGACUCUUUGGAACGAAGAACCCAUAAACUGCUCUCCUGAGUGGUAUUUCAAGGAAUACACUUCCCACCCUCAACCUUGUAAUGGCUAAUCCUGCUCUUUUAAAUGAGAGAUCUACACAUGUGCCUUUGAGCUAUGAAGCCAGAUUGUAAAUAAUGCAGAAGAAUGUACAGUUGCACAGUGACUUAUACAGCUGGAAAGCCUUGUAGACAGCCUUAGGCUUUUCCACGUAUUUACAAAUAUAUUAAAGCAGUAUUAAACUUAUGACAGAUAACAGAGAAGCAAGAAAACAAAUAAAAAUAUCCCAUACCAGUA